AUGGCUGUUUCUGUUCUUCGUCUCUGUUUCUUCUUCGUGUCGGCGGCUUGGGUUCUCACAAGAACCCUAACGGAAGCUGAGACCAGCUGCAGUGAUUGCUUUGUGCGUUCCCGUGCAGCUUAUUCAAACGCCAAUGGAACCUCUGGUGCUUGUUCAUUCGGGUCGUUGGGAGAAGCCAUAAGCGGAGGAGAUAUCUCCGCCGUCUCGGAUCUCUACCGCAACGGACUCGGCUGCGGCGCUUGUUACCAGGUGAGAUGUUUGGACGGGUACUACUGCUCGGAGGGAGGAGUGAGAGUGGUGAUAACGGACCAGGGCUCGGGACAUAACACCGACUUCAUACUGAGCAGACAGUCCUUUGGCCGCAUGGCUCAGACCCCCGACCUCGCCACCUCCCUUUUCUCUCUCGGUGUCGUCGACGUCGAAUACAGGAGAGUGUCGUGUUAUUAUCCGGGGAAAAAUAUAAUGAUAAAAAUCGACGAGAGCAGCAGCAACCCUCACUACUUUGCCUUUGUCAUAUUGUUUCAACAAGGAAAAACAGACAUCACUGCCGUCCAAUUAUGUGAGAAUGCGAACCAGAGGUGCAAGCUGUUGGAGCGUAGUUACGGGGCGGUGUGGGCGGCGGAAGGACCGCCGGCCGGAGAAUUGACGGUGCGGAUGCUGUUGAGCAGAGACGACGGUGACGAGACAUGGGUUGUUCCUCUCUACGCGAUCCCUAGCGACUGGAAGCCUGGCAUGGCUUACGACACCGGUGUUCAAGUUGACUUCUAGUUCUAUUUUAUUUUUUUUCCUCUUUUUAUUUUGGGUCAAAUUUCCUUUUUUUUGGUUGUCUCUAUUUGAAUAAACUAUUUUAUGCAAUGGGUUUUUUGCUUUUUAAAUUUGUAUGAACAUCACGUCCCAAUUGUGAAAUAAUAAGAUUCAGAGUGUCCA